AUGGCGACUGCUUUGACGAAUGUCUGCCCUGUGGCUAACCUUCACGGGUUACUUUUUAAGGAAGCCGUUGUGCUGUUUGACAAAAGCAUGCAGGUUUUGGAUGAUUUCUUGGAAGAUGCCCCAAAGGACCUGCAGAACAUGACUAAUACAGAUAAGCAGUUCAUUCUUGAUGUUGUUUCUGGAUGUAUCGAGCACAAAAAGUUACUGGACACAGUCAUUGAACUCUUCUAUGCCGAGAAUGGGAAGUACUUAUCCAGAAGUGAUCGCAGCCAGUUUGUCAUUAUCUGCUACCUCACCACAUUCCGGCUUGAUGAACUUGGACUUCAGUGUUUUAGUAACAUUGUGAAAUCGCUGGACAUCAAGAAGAUGCACGCAUUCUUGAGUUUCUUCUUCACAUACCUCACCACAUGGAUACAAGAUAAGUGGACCAGCAUCUAUGAUGUUGCCUUUGUGCAGAAACAGUGGAUUGAGCCUCUACUCAGGUGA